AUGCUCUAUGUCGAUGCUCCAUCCAUCGACGCCCCCGGGGACACGAUUCCAGACGAGUUCUUCCAGGACCUUUUCGAUGCGGUUGUGAAGCCGCCCAAGCCCGAAACGGAACAUCUCGUGAAAGCAAAGGCAAUGGCCGACCACGACCUUGGCCAUAAACCUUCUUCCAACGCAUCUCCCGCCGUGUCCCCCCCGCCGCAACGGGCCGCCGCGGUUCCCGCCCCCUUGGCCGCCGCGCCCUCCAGCGCUGCUCCCAGUGCUUCCCCGGCCGCUCAGUCUUCGAGCGACCUCCGCAACAUCGUUCGCCGCAAGUUGACUGGCUACGUUGGAUUCGCCAACCUGCCCAACCAAUGGCACCGCAAGAGCGUCCGUAAGGGCUUCAACUUCAACGUGAUGGUCGUUGGUGAAUCCGGACUCGGCAAGUCGACUCUCGUGAACACACUCUUCAACACCUCGCUCUACCCUCCCAAGGAGCGCAAGGGACCUAGCCUCGACAUUGUUCCCAAGACUGUCUCCAUUCAGUCUAUCAGCGCGGACAUCGAAGAAGCUGGCGUUCGGCUGCGCCUGACUGUUGUCGAUACCCCUGGUUUCGGCGACUUCGUCAACAACGACGAGUCCUGGCGCCCGAUUGUCGACAACAUCGAGCAGCGAUACGACGCCUAUCUUGAUGCUGAGAACAAGGUGAACCGCAUGAACAUCGUGGAUAACCGCAUCCAUGCUUGCGUGUUCUUCAUCCAGCCUACUGGCCACUCCCUGAAGCCUCUGGACAUCGAAGUCAUGCGCCGCCUGCACACCAAGGUCAACCUGAUUCCCGUCAUUGCCAAGUCUGACACCCUGACCGACGAGGAAAUUGUUAGCUUCAAGGCCCGCAUCCUUGCCGACAUCAAGUACCACGGAAUCCAAAUCUUCGAGGGCCCGAGGUACGAACUCGAUGACGAGGAGACCAUUGCCGAGAACAAUGAGAUCAUGUCCAAGGUUCCCUUCGCCGUGGUUGGUGCUGGAAACGAGAUCACCACCGCCGACGGUCGCAAGGUUCGUGGCCGUGCCUACCCCUGGGGUAUCAUCGAGGUCGACAAUGAGGAGCAUUGCGACUUUGUGAAGCUUCGCCAGAUGCUCAUCCGCACCCACAUGGAGGAACUCAAGGAGCACACCAACAACACACUCUACGAGAACUACCGUACCGACAAGCUCAUUGCCAUGGGCGUGUCCCAGGAUCCCAGCGUGUUCAAGGAGGUCAACCCCGCUGUCAAGCAGGAGGAGGAGCGUGCGCUGCACGAGCAGAAGCUCGCCAAGAUGGAGGCCGAGAUGAAGAUGGUCUUCCAGCAGAAGGUCACCGAAAAGGAAAGCAAGCUCAAGCAGAGCGAAGAGGAGCUCUACGCUCGCCACAGAGAGAUGAAGGAGCAACUAGAACGCCAACGGAUGGAUCUCGAGGAGAAGAAGCAGAGGAUCGAGAGCGGUCGUCCCAUAGAGGGCAAGGAGACCAAGAAGAGGGGAGGCUUCUCGCUCCGCUAA